AUGAACGAGAUAACCGGGGAGCUGUCAGUUCGAGAACGGAUCGACCGAGACGGGCCGGACGCAAUCAGGGAACUCACGUUUGAGUGGAGCAUCUCACAAACGUCACCUUCCACGACUCCUGUACAAAUAGCCGCCGGAACAACUCGCAUACCUGUCACCGACAUCAACGACAAUGUUCCAUCGUUCUCUCGGCAGUUCUACCACGUGAACCUCACCGAGAAGAACACUAAAGAUCAAAUACUAUUGGACAUUCCCUGUUCUGACGCGGAUGACGAUGGCAAUGAGAAGUGUGAUGUAAGAAUUUCGAAGACCGGAAGUUAUCUGAUUGACGACACGAAGCUCAUUGCAUUGGCUGGGGAAGUUCACUACGACCCAGCUCAAAACCACGAAACGAUAGAAGUGUUCACAGUGGAUAGACCCAAACUAGCAAUGAACGUCCACACAGGACAUGCCGUGGUUGUUAUUACAGUCUUACCGAGGAAUGACCACGCCCCAUCAUGGACUUUCCCGCCAAUGAAGGACGGAAUUCAGUUUCUACCGUUGUCCAUACGAGAAGACAUCGCAGAUAAGACAACAGUCACGGUGUUCAAAGCGAGUGAUGAUGACGACCACAGCCAGCUGUCGUUUAGACUGACCACUGAAUUUCAAUCCGAAUCAACGGACAAUCCCCCAACAAUCUUUCUGCUGAAUUCAAACACUGGAGAGAUGGUGACGUCUACCGAGGACGAAUUUGUUCCCAGUUUUUUACACGGUAGUUACAACUUGAACAUAUCGGUAAGCGAUGGAAAGUACACAACAUUCGGAACCAUAGAGAUCAACAUUCUACCUGUAAACAAACACCGGCCCGAAUUCGACAAAUCUUGGUACGUCGUAUCCGAUAAUUCACAGCGUGAUAUUCUGCUGGAAUUUGAAGUCGAGGACAAGGAUAAAAUAUCAAAUAUAACUAUACUGUUCUCUGAAAACAAAAUGAACGAAAACCGAGAGAAUAAUUGGGUGAUGGGGGAGUUCCUGAGAGGUUUGCUACGUCGUUGGUCAUUUUUAACACAAGUAGAUGUGAGACAAUGUCCAAACCAGUUGUGA